CAAUAGUCAACCCUGUUUGACGCCCACCCCCUCUCUCUCUCGAUAUGUCGAGCUAUAUAAUAAGCGAGACCUUGGGGUCUCUUGUCUUCUCCUUCUUCUACGACGUUGUAUUUUGUUAACAUUCCUUUCCUUAAGCAUCGAGACUGGUUUCUCGAUCUUUUCCUUCUUUUUUAAACACCCCAUUGGGCUUCACAUUCUUUCGUUCGACAAACUCGACAGUCAUUCUCUCUUUUAAAAUCUUUAAAAAUGAAGUUCACCAACAUGGUUCUGGCCGCUAGCGCUGCUGGCAUGGCCGUUGCUUACCCUCGUGGCCGUGACGUUGUUCCCGAGAAGCGCAGCGUUGAGAAGAAGCGUGCUACUGGAUUCACCUGGGUCGGUGUCAGCGAGUCUGGUGCCGAGUUUGGUUCUGCCAUCCCCGGUACUCUGGGAACUGACUACACCUGGCCAGUAACCUCUCAGAUCCAGGUUCUCCGCGAUGCUGGCAUGAACAUCUUCCGUGUUCCCUUCUUGAUGGAGCGUCUGGUGCCCAGCAGCAUCACCGGCACUCUGGACGCCACCUAUCUGGCCGCUCUGAAGUCGACAGUCAACUAUAUUACCGAGAGCGGUGCCUAUGCCGUACUUGACCCCCACAACUAUGGCCGAUACUCUGGAAGUAUCAUCAGCUCUACCGACAACUUCAAGGCCUGGUGGAAGACCGUGGCUACCGAGUUCGCCUCCAACGACAAGGUCAUUUUCGAUACUAACAACGAGUAUCACGACAUGGAUCAGACCCUAGUUCUCAACUUGAACCAGGCCGCCAUCGACGGUAUUCGUGCCGCCGGCGCCACCAGCCAGUACAUCUUCGUCGAGGGUAACGCUUGGACCGGCGCCUGGUCCUGGACCAGCAACAAUGACAACAUGAAGGAUCUGACCGAUACUGAGGACAAGAUCGUCUACGAGAUGCACCAGUACCUCGACUCUGACAGCUCCGGUACCUCCGAGACCUGUGUGAGCAGCACUAUCGGCAAGGAGCGCCUCGAGGCCGCCACUACCUGGCUGAAGGACAACGCCAAGAAGGGUUUCAUCGGCGAGUUCGCCGGUGGUGUCAACUCCGUUUGUGAGACCGCCGUCGAGGGCAUGCUUUCCUACAUGUCCGACAACUCCGACGUCUGGAUGGGCGCCGAGUGGUGGUCCGCCGGUCCCUGGUGGGGAUCUUACAUGUACUCGCUCGAGCCUACCGACGGUCCUGCGUACUCGACCUACCUGUCCAUCCUGGAGAAGUACUUUGUGAGCGGCUCUUCGUCCUCUUCCUCCUCCUCUUCUUCUACCACCACCGCCAAGGCCACCACCAGCACCACCACCGCCGCUGCCCAGCACACGACUACCUCUACUUCUACCUCUACCACUGCCGCCGUUAAGGUCACCACCACUCCCAACAACCAGGUCGAAGUCUCCAGCUCUGCUAGCUCCACCACUACCACCGCCCCCGCCGUCGUCCAGACCACCCUCGUCAGCAAGCCCUCGACUACCAAGUCUGCCUCCACCACUACCACUGCCGCUUCUUCCUCCUCCACCGGCGGUACUGUCGCUCACUGGUACCAGUGCGGUGGUAUCAAUUGGACCGGCGCUACUGCCUGUGAGAGCGGUUACACCUGCGUUGUGCAGAACCCCUACUACUCUCAGUGCCUGUAAAGAGCGAGUUCUUGUGUGAAAACGAGAGGCUUGACUAAAAGGUGAUUUGCAUAUAGCUUGACAGAUUCGGUUUGGUGAUUGUUUUCUUCUUUCUGAAAGGCUUCGGUCUUCGCUUGUAUACUUCUUACUUUGGUUCUACCACUUCUACUUCUUCUUCACCUUUCAUAUAUUUUUCAAACAACUUUCAACCAACCGAGGAGCUCACUACACCACAUAACCAAUAAAGUAGGAAAGCUAUUUACCAG